UAGACAUCGUAGGUGUGCUAUUGUCUAGGUGCGUCACUUACUCGGCUCGUUCCGGUUACUAAAAGAAGAGUCUUUACAACCAGAUCACUAGCGAUCGCCUGCAAGAUGGAUUCUGCUACAGACAAAAAGACGUUUCUUCUAGAGGAACCUGCCUUGAAAAACCAGGGUUGUCGAUCUCGACAAGUUUACAACCCGUGGGUUGUCCUCUGCAUUUUGUUGGUCAUCUUUUCGGCAGUCUUUGCUGCAGCGUUUGUCGGAGGCUACUUUCUUGGAAAAGACAAGGCAACAUCAGAGGCUCUCGAAUCGUCCGAUCCGUAUGAUACUUAUCCUCACAGAGCAUACAACAUGCAUUAUGACGGAAACAGCCACGUCAUUCCAGCAUUCCGUGGCUCUCUACCCGUUGAAGACUUUAUUCAACCACGUGCUGCUGUGGUGAACGGACAGCUUGUGAGCAUGCCGGGCAAUCCAAUGCUCACACCAAAAGGAACAAGCCAAAUUUUUGUCUACCAGUACCUCGACGAAGUAAGCUUGAUUGUAACUGCUACUGGUCCAAAGUAUGGAGAGGAAGUAUCCAACGCGUCCAUGUCAGGAGAUGGGCAGUACACAUUGAGAACGUCAGGCUUGCAAGGAGACUUAGUUCAACUGACCGACGGUUAUCAUCAGCUCUAUGACCGAGUUGCCGUUCCAAACAGUCUGGCAAUCAAACUGCAGUGGGGCAAUGUGGGCAGCCACGGCUUUAUCUUUGUUCUCACCGAUCCGAGCUCUUUGGAUGCCACACUAGACUUCACCAGUCUGAUUGGCUCACAGCAACCUCUGAACAUUCGUGGUGGUCACAUGUAUGAUACAGAGAUUGCCGUCCUUCCCACUCCAAAUUCUCCAUUGCGAGUAACUCCUUACACUGGAAAGUUUUCUCUUCACAACAAACCGGAUUCUUGGUCAGAGACUUCCAUCCCUGGUUCUUCUGACUUUUCCAACUUGAAAUUGGUUCAAUUAAAUUCAAACAGCCGCCGUCGCCGAUCGAUGAGUACUCGUUUGUCACGUGGUAUGUCGUUUGUUCUGUCGGACCCCAAAACGAAUCAACUUCUCCACAAGAUCGAAAUUACUCACGAGACUCGCCACGGUGGAGAUACGGGCAGCGUUUGCUGGCAUGUCCUAAACAUCGUGAAAGGCGUAGAGGGUUCGUUUUGUCCUCUAUUUCAUCGAGCACUCUAUAACGGCAUGAGUGACAAACCAAGCGACGACAGUCGCAACAGCGUGAUAGUAAACAGUCACUUCCGCAGCACUAAUGACGACUCAGACUUAUCAAAUACAUGGAAACAAGCUACUUUUCUGCUUCAUGACUUUGAUCCUGAGUCUGUCUUACAAAGCAUGCAACCCAGAAGCAAGCGAAGCUUUUGGGGCACUCUAUCAAACGCUGCGCGCCACGGAAGUCAACUAAUCAGUGCUGGAAAACGACUUUAUGGCGACUAUAAACAAGUCAGAGAUGGCGUCGUCGAUUCAAUAAAUACUGUCCACGGUGUAAUCAACGAUUUCAAUGGCGGAUCUAGGAGGAAGCUACUGUGGAAUUGUGGGCAUGAAGACUCUAUAAUAGGCGGAGGCGAAUGUAUAUCUGGCGGAGUAGGUUGCGUUGAAGGCAUUGCCGCUGAAGGACCGUCUCUUGGCCUAGACACAGUUUUCACUGCCUACAAGUGUGGGAAAUUCGCUUACCAAUGCGGAGGCUUUUUAGGCCGUUGCAUUUGAUCAAACCGCAUUCCGAUAGACUUCAGACUUUACACGAGCUGUCUCUAAGUGUGACGAAUGCUUUUAGUCUGAGUGCUCGUCACUGCGUACUUGACGUCACACCACAAGGUCGUGACACUGUCUUACACGUUGUCUGCAAUUGUCUGUUUCAUGUCGUAGUUUGUACAAUGUAACGCACGCUUUCUGCAAUAAGAAUAUGUGGUAUGUCA